CCGCUUCCUCACACCCUGUCUCCCACUGUUGCUUUGCUAAUUACAGCACAAUGGUGAAGCGGAAGUUAGGCGCGCUAGAAAAGGUCGAGGCUGAUUUGCCGAAUCUUCAGCAUAAGAUCCGGAGAGAUCCAAAAUCUUACGUUGAAGACUUUCGCGCUCAGCAUUUCCAGUAUGAGAGUCACCGAGAAAUCUUCAUGGCGGCGCCCUCGUCGGCCACAGAUACGGGCAUUAUCUCGCUGCGCGAUCUGAUUGACUUCAUUGCCCAUGUGGCCGAGUGUUAUCCUGAGAUUGUCAAGGAGUUUCCGCAACAGCUGAUUGACAUGCUCACGCAACAUCACCUUGUGCUGGAGUCUGAACUACGGGAGAAGAUCGUGGGCAGUCUGAUGCUGCUGAGGAAGAAGGAUCUGUUGGACUCUGCAACGCUUUUACAAACACUUUUCCCCAUCUUGAUUUCUACGCCUAGCAAAACCCUCCGAGCACUGCUUUUCCAAAAGAUCCUAUCGGACCUUCGCUCGUCAAACUCCAAGGCUACGAACCACAAGUUGAAUCGGACAAUGCAGACUGUUCUCUUCAAUCUGGUUACGUCGGACCGUACCUCGUCGAAGGGGCUAUGGGCUGUCAAGCUGACGAGAGAACUGUGGAAGCGCCAGAUCUGGACAGAAGCCAAGGCCGUCGAAGUGAUGAAGGAGGCAAGCUUGUCAGAAAACGAGAAGGUCAUCGUCGGUGGCGUUCGGUUCUUCCUCGGCGGUGACCAGGAAAGACAGGAUGCGGAAGAUGAAAGCAGCGACGAAGAGGCCAUUGACGUGGCGCGGAUACGACAUGUAGUCGGCAUCAACAAGAAGACCAAGAAAAAGUCGCGCGCCGUGGAAAAGGCCCUCGCAACAGUCAAGAGGAAGGAGCGCAAGAAGCACAACCCGGCCCCGUUGAACUUCUCGGCGUUGCAUCUGCUGCAUGAUCCCCAGGGGUUUGCUGAUGCCUUGUUUUCCAAGCAUCUGCAGAGCAGCAAGUCCAAGUUGAACCUGGAACAGAAGUUGCUGGUUCUCCAGCUCGUGUCUCGUCUUGUGGGCUUGCACAAGCUACACAUCAUGUCGCUCUACUCUUACUUUCAGAAAUACUUGACCCCGCGCCAACCUUCGGUGACUUCGUUCCUCGCCUCCCUCGCACAGGCUUCGCAUGACCUUGUUCCCCCAGAUGUGCUGGAGCCUCUUGUCCAGAAGAUUGCCAAUGAGUUUGUCUCCGAGGCAUCGGCCGCAGAGGUUGCCUCUGCGGGUCUGAAUGCCAUCCGAGAGAUCUGUGUGCGUCAGCCGCUUGCUAUGAAUGAAACUCUGCUGCAGGAUCUUGUCAUGUACAAGAAGAGCAAGGACAAGGGUGUGAUGAUGGCUGCCAAGGGUCUUCUCAGUCUGUACCGGGACGUCGGUGCGGAGAUGCUCAAGAGACGUGACCGAGGCAAGGAGGCAUCGAUGGGUCUGCGGUCCGGUGAGCAGAAAGCCAAGCGGUUUGGUGAGCAGGAAGCUGGCGAGAUUGAGGGCCUGGAGCUCCUGGAGAAAUGGAAGGAAGAGGAGCGACGGAAGAGGAGGCUUGAAAAGGGCCUUGCUUCAGAUGCUGAAGACGAUGAGGAAGAAGAUGAAGAGGCCGACUGGAACGCUUGGAAUGUGGAAGAUGACGAGGACAGUGAUGAUUCCGGUGGCUGGAUCGAUGUCCAAAGUGAAGGUGAAAUCGAGCUGAGCGAUUCAGAAGAUGAAGGUGGCAAGCCGCCUGCGAAGAAGGCCAAACAAGGCGACAGUGAUGAGAAGCAGCAGCAGGGAGAUGAAGAAGAAGAUGCACAGGCUCAAGAGAAGAAGCUCAGCACUCUUGCAACCACUCGCAUUCUGACCCCCGCGGAUCUCGCCAAGCUGGCCGAGCUCCGGGCAGAGGCGUCGGUGAACGCUCUUCUCCCCGGCUCCAAAACCCGCCGCACCGCCCAGAGCAAUUCCGCUCGGCACAUCGAUGACCCUCUGACGGCAGCGGAGAUUGAAGGCCUGGCCUCCCUAUCUGCCGGCAAGGCCACCCGCGAAGAGCGAAUCGCUCACGCCAAGGAAGGCAAGCUGGACCGUUCCGAUCACAAGAGCACCACGGCCAGGCGCAAGUUGAAGAAGGAGUCCGAGGGCAAGAGCACAACCAACAAGGAGAAGGCCCGCCGGAAGAACUUCCUGAUGACUCUGGGCAAAGCCAAGAGCAAGGGCAAGAGGAGUCUUGUGGAGACGCGGGCAGUGCUGAAAGCUCAUCAGGAGCGGCAGAAGCGUGGAGGCAAGAGGGGCAAUAAGGGCUAGCGAUUUGAGUAUAUAUGAUUCUUAGAUAAAAGUAAAUAAUUGACGACAGGAAUUAUUAUUGACUAUUGGGGA